UCAUCUAUGCUCUCCUUUUGACUCUUUUAUCAGCUGAUUACUCACGUUGUUCAAACUCAAUGUAACUGUUUAGUUGUGCAGUUGAAUCGUUUCAUCUUAUUUUUUUAAACUGGAAAUUUUGCUUCUUUUUUUUAUUUCUUGGUAUUAUGGCUGGUUUUCACGGACAUGGACACUCACAUGGACACUCUCAUGGACAUUCACACGGACAUUCUCAUGGACAUUCUCAUGCUCACUUGCCGGUAGCAUCAACAUCAACCUCUUCAUCGCCUCCGCCUCACGCUAUCGAAACUAGGUGCUGUGUUGAUUCCAUUUUGACCAAGAUAACUACUGAUUUUCCGAUAGAUCAAUUUUGGCAAGACAAUUUUAAAUUUGAUCUCGAAGCAUACGGUGACUAUACACAUUUAAAGUUUCUCCUCAAAAAAUAUACAAAACCUAAGGAUUCAGUGUGCAUCUUGGGCGCCUCUAAUGGACCAAUUGGACAUUGGUUGACUCUUAAUGAAGUAAACAAUAUUGUCGUGUUAGACAAGGAAACCACAUCCAUUGCGUCGUCGAGAAAACAGAAAGUUGAUUUAAAAGUAAUUCCAACCGAUCUCAUGGACAUAGAAGAUCCAGAACCAACUUAUACCGUCCUUAUUGAUAAAGCUGGUAUAGAUGAAGUGUACUACGCAAAUUUUGAUAUGAGCAACGCUUUGGAAAAAGCAUUAACAAUGGUUGGUGCUCGUUUGGAUAAAGAGUCGAGGCUUUUGAAAAAUUUUGGUCGACUCAUGUUCCUUACUCGACUGCCUGAUACUAUGAUGCAAUUUUUGGUUUCCUGGUUUAAAGAUGUUAGCCAAUUUUCGUGGAUCGUUCGUUUUCACCGAAUAACCCGAGUAGAAGAGUUUUACCAGAAAGAGAAAGGACAAUAUAAUUUAGUUCUUCCAAUGUUUGCAGUUGUAGCCAUCAAAUUAACUUCAGCAAAGGAAAAGUUGCUCAUUGAAACAACUUUCACAUUGACAGAGAAAAUUACUGAACCCACGAGGUACACUGGAACAGAUUGUCUGGCUGAAGUCUAUGAUGCAGUUGACAGUUUGCACAAAUUAAUGAUACUCUCUUCAUGUUUACGGAAUAAAACGAUAGAAGAUAAUGAAAUAAUUGUCGAGGUUUAUUCAGCAGGCAACCCAGAUUAUCCACGUUAUUACAUCUACAUUUGUGAUGCACCUGAAGUUAAAAUUCCUCAAGAUUAUGCAAUAUUUAUUGUACCCGAAGGAAGAGAAACUGAAUGGAUCUUUGGAACUCCUGAAGGGCGGAUUCAAUUGUGUGACAAUUCUCGAUGUUUCCGAUUGGCGGUGGUUCACUUAGCUCGACAUCACAUUUAUCCUGGUGGAAUUGAGCGAAUUAAAAGUGAACUUUCAGGUAUUGUGAUGUACUUUGCUCAAGAAAAAGUUUUACAAUCAUUCAAGGAUAAACGUGUUCAAUUUUUAACUGUCAACGAAGAUCAAGGUCAACGCCAAUUGAUGUCCUCUGGUCGCAGUGCAAUUAGUGGUGAAUACUUAAUUGAAGACGUUAUCAUUGACGGUUCCUGGUACCGUCGUUUAGUUUUCCUCGGUUCCCAAAAUAUGAUUCAAUCAGAAGCUCGACUGCGCCAUGUUCGUGAUCAAAUUUGGGUAAUUGACACUGACUAUUUAUCGUGUAGACAUCACCAUGCUUUCCUCCUUGGAAUGGCAGUGUAUCAAGAAUUGGCUGAACCAGAAAGCCACCAUAGUAUGAUUUUAAUUGGUUUGGGUGGUGGAUGCUUUGUUAACUAUUUACAAGCAAAUCUCAAGUUGAAUGGUACUUGUGAUUUGGAAGUUGUUGAUAUUGAUCCUGCCAUGGAAAGGAUAUCAAAAGAAUGGUUUAAUCUUAAAACACGAAAUGAAAGUGUCAACUUACCAUUGAAAAUCAUUAUCGACGAUGGGUUAAAAGUGAUAAGUCGAGCAUCCGAGAGCCAAGCUAAAACAUAUUCUGUAAUUAUGCUUGAUGUAAAUAGCGACGAUCAACAGUCGGGUCUUAGUUGUCCUCCGGAAGCUUUUGUUGAGGAUGAAUUUAUGGAACAAAUUGUUAAAUUAAUGAAUCCAAAGGCGUCCAUAUUUAUGGUGAAUUUGGUUACACGUAGUAAAGAUAAACGGGAACAAGUUGAAAGAAGGUUACUCAAGUAUUUUGAUUUCGUUUACGCUUUCAAGUUUGACAUUUAUGUUAAUAUUGUCUAUUGGUGUUUUAAAUCAGUCAAGCCAGCUAAUUUGGUUGUGAGAGAAAUUUUCGGUCCUAAAGCUUCCAAGGUUGCAACUGAACUAUAUGGUAAAGUUGUCCGAAAUAAAAAUAUAAUAGGCAUGUUGAUAGAUAAAUCAAGUAUAGAUCAUUGUAUAACCAGAGUUAGAUGAAUAGUUGUUUCAUCGAUUGUUAUAUAUGUUAAAUGUUGACAUGACUGUAUUAAAUUGCAUGGAACCAAGAUUAUUCUCGAAAAAAGAGAACCACAAAAAAAAUUAACAACAAAUUAUUUUCUGCCCAAUAAAUGCAUUUCUUUUUCUUUGAAAA